GUUGUGCUACGCGGAACACAUUCAAUUGCUGCGUUGACCUAAUCUUUUGAACGCAUUUUUGGAUAUUUUCAACCUAUUAGCUACUCCAGGUUUCCAUCAGCCAUCAACGGUUAAUCUACAAAAAUUCAGCUCUACACAAUUACACAAAGAACGAGAUGGACAUGAUCACUGUUACAAUCGCACAGGACUGGGAUGUUACCAUUGUGGACAAACCAAUCCCUGCUCCCUACACCACCCAGGUGCCUCAAGGUACGAUUCUUGUUGACAUAAUGAAGAAAGCUGCUGACGAAGAUCCACAAGGGUCGUUCAAUAAAUAUUCCACCACCUACUAUGGUGGUCUGGGGGAUUUUGUCAUCGCCAUGGAUGGGAUUCAAGAGGAUCCCGCCCACAAAAGAUACUGGUUGAUUAAAGACAAAGAGAGUGGACAUCUUACCCCAACAGGAAUAGACCAAUACCAACCAAAGAACGGCUCAACUACAGUUUUCACUUAUGAAACAGGCGCGAGUCACUACGAAAGACUGACUCGUGCUUAAGCGUUUCGUAGAAGAGGGUCUCUAGAUAAAUUGUCACCGAAACCAGAGAUUGUUUUGCAUUAGUACACCAGCUAUAACGAGACAUUAAAAAAAAAAAACAAAAAAACAAAAAAACAAAAAACAAAAAAAAAUUGCUGCGCAAAUGAUAGUUUCCACUGCUGCAUCUCAGUAAAUUUGGUCAUAUAUUAACUUUAGCUUUACUUGAGAUUUAAAACGUGUUUUGCUGUAUUUGUGAAUUGUUCCCAAAAUAUCAUAUUGCAAUGCUGUUGCACUGAACUAAUUUUAAAACUACUUUUAAGUUUCAUGUAAAUUUAAGUGAAUUUAAUAUAAACGCUCACGUUUUUUUAAUUGGAAACUGUUUCAGUUUAUUUACUUAUGAAACGUUGGAAAAGGCUAUUUUCACACAUUACAUAAGUUUUCCAUUUUUCCAUUUAUUAAAUACUGGUUUCUAAGCCC